AAUAAUAAUAAUUUUGAAUCACGUGAGUGUAAGUUAACAAAAAAUCAUACAUAAUAUUUAUAUUUUAUAUUAUUUUUUUGAUAUUAUAAAUUUUGUCUAUCGCACAUUGGUAUUUUUAAUUUAAUUUUUCAUUACGGCAUAUUAUUUUUCACCGAGUGUGUCGUUCGCGUCGUUUGUUGCUGUUUUUUUUUUUUCCAUCCAACACACACACACAGUAAUAAAUAAAAAUAAAAAAAACACAAGUACGUGGUGUGUCUUGAAUUGAUGUACAUCUAAUCAUUUAUGGAUAAAAAAAAAUUUCAAGUGAAGUUUAGUAAAAGUGAAAUUUAAAAAUAAAAAAAAUUUCCUACAAGUGUGUGAAAAUUAUAAAAAUAAAAAAGACAAAAAUAAAUCGAGUGAUUACAUUUGUGUGUGUGUGAGAGAGAGAAAUAUAUACAAAAAUAUAAAGAGAGAGUGUAUGCCGACAGUCGGGAUUUUAGGCUCUCUCUUUUAUUUCUCUCUCUCUUUCUCUCUCUUGGCGUCUCGUUUUACUAACCAUUGCAUUCCUUUUAUAUAUGUGGCUGUCUCAGCUUCAACGACGCGCGAGCGUUUUUACGUGUUUAUUUUAUCAUAAUAAUAUUGUGUCAACAAAUAAUAUUAAAAAUACAAUAAUUAAUAAUUGUUUAAUAUUAUAUUAUUAUUAUUAUAAUAAUAUAUUUAAUAUAAUAAAAAAAAAAAACAUUAGAAUUGUGCAAAUGGUUUGUUUAUAGAACACCAAGAUGAAGUCCGACUCAAAACCUUUGUUGACAGCACAAGCUGAAAAAGCCAAUCAUUACACAUAUUUAAAAGAAUUUAGAGUGGAACAAUGUCCAUUAUUUAUUCAACGAAAAUGUACACAACAUCGACCAUUCACGUGUUUCAAUUGGCAUUUUAUGAAUCAACGAAGACGUAGACCAGUUAGAAAAAGAGACCGCACCUUUAAUUAUAGUGCUGAUAAUUAUUGUACAAAAUAUGAUGAAACAACCGGUAUAUGUUCUGAUGGAGAUGAUUGUCCAUUUCUUCAUCGUACUGCUGGUGAUACUGAGCGUCGUUAUCAUUUAAGAUAUUAUAAAACAUGUAUGUGUGUACAUGAUACAGAUACACGUGGUUUUUGUGUUAAAAAUGGACCACAUUGUGCAUUUGCACAUGGUAAUCAUGAUCUCCGUCCUCCAGUAUAUGAUAUUAAAGAAAUUCAAGCAUUAGAAAAUGCUGAUUCAGAUCCAAAUUCAUCAACAAAUGGACCAAAUAUACUUGAUAAAGAACGUAAUUUAAUGAAUGAAGAUCCAAAAUGGCAAGAUACAAAUUAUGUAUUAAGUAAUUAUAAAACAGAACCAUGUAAAAGACCACCAAGAUUAUGUAGACAAGGUUAUGCAUGUCCACAAUAUCAUAAUAGUAAAGAUAAAAGACGUAGUCCACGUAAAUAUAAAUAUCGUUCAACACCAUGUCCAAAUGUUAAACAUGGUGAAGAAUGGGGUGAACCUGGUAAUUGUGAACAGGGUGAUGCUUGUACAUAUUGUCAUACAAGAACUGAACAACAAUUUCAUCCUGAAAUAUAUAAAUCAACUAAAUGUAAUGAUGUUCAACAGGCGGGUUAUUGUCCUCGUGGAGUCUUCUGUGCAUUUGCACAUGUUGACCUUUUACCAACUGAAGAAAUGAAUCUUUCACGUGAUAUAUCUGUUCCAUUGGAUUGUGGUACAAAUUUAGCUGAUUUACUUAGCAAUGCAUUACCACCUGAUAAUAAUCGUUCAAAUGAAAAAGAUAAACUUCAAAAUGAUAGCUGUAAUGGAAGUGGUGAAUUAUCAGAAUCAGCAAGUACAAGUAGUCAAGGAAGUAAUAGUUCACAUAGUAAAGCACCAGGUGCACAAUUACAUAAUUCAAGUAAUAAUUCUGGUUUUAAUUCAUCACAAAAAAUUAAUAGUAUGAUGUAUAAUCCAAAUUCUUUAAUGCAAAUAAGUGAAUUAAGAAAACAAAUGAUGGCAUUAGAAAGUGAUCAAUUAUUAACAAAAUCAGAAAAAGCACAACGUAAACAAAGUCUUUAUUUAGCAUACAAUAUGAAUGGUUCAAUGGGUAGUCAUUCAUUAGGUUCUACAAUUUCACCAUUAUCAGGAAGUUCAUUUUAUCCAAAUGACACUGUUGAAUCUGUUAUUGGUAAUGCAUUAGAUGAUUUAAAUUUAGAUGAUCCAUUAAAUCUUGUUGAUUCAAUUCAUAGAGAUACAAAUUCACCAAUAACAAAUUCAAUAUCAGCUGGUUUAGUUAGUUCUGGUUUACUUGGUAGUACAGCACCAGUUAAUAUACCUGGAAUGGCUGAACGUUCAAUGUUACAAAAUUUUUCACCAACAACAUCAAGUCCAUUACAAAAUCUUCAGUCAGCUGGUUUUCUGACUGGUUCACGUUUUUCACAUCAAGAUUCAAUUGAAUCAUCAAUGCCAUUUAUGAGUCAUUCAAUAUCAUCAGAUCCAUUUAGUAAUCAUAUACAAUUGAGUAGUUCAGCAUCAAAAUUAAGUGGUUUUAAUAGUAGUUUAUUUGAUUUUGCAAAUCAAGGAUUAUCACCAUCACGUACACAACAAUUACCAGCAUCACCACUUAUUAAUACAUUUUCAAAUAUAAGUCCAAGUAAUUCAAAUUCAUUAUCAGAGUUACAGCUUCAACGAUUAAGAGAAGAAUUAACAUCAAGUAGAGCACAACUUGCAACUUGGGAUGAAAGAAUAAAUCAAGCAAGAGUUGCAUGUGCUGCAUGGCAAUCUGAAAGUGAAGAAGCUAAAAGAAAAGCAUCAUUAGCUGAACAACAACGUGAUGAUGCACUUAUGCAAGUUAAACAAUUAAGAGUUGAAAAUGAUUCACAAGCAACAAAUGGUGGUGAUUCAUAUGUUAAUUCACUUAAACGUACUGGUGACAUUAGAAAUAUGUCAAUUGCUGGAUUAAAAUCAAUACAAUCACAAUUACGACAAGAUCUUGAAGAAAUUGAAAAGGUACUUUAUAGAGAAACAGCAACAAAAUGCAUGGUUUGUGAAGAACAAAAUCGUACAGUGACAUUGUCACCUUGUAAUCAUUUUGUUGUUUGUAAUACAUGUGCACCAAAACAACGUGAUUGUCCAUACUGUCAAACACCAGUUGUUUCAACAAAUUAAAUUAUUAUAUCAUUUUUUUUUUUUUUCAAAUAAAAUAAACUAAAUACAUUCAACAAGUAUAUUUAAAAAAAAUAAAUCAUCAUAUGCUUUCAACAAGUUUUCCAAGUUUAGCAAUGUGAGUGUGAAUUUAAAAAACUAAUUUUAUUAAAUAAACAAUGCGUGAUAUAGACAAACAAAAAAAAAAAAACAUUUAAAAAAUAAAUUUAUCUCGGGAGUGAAUAAGUUUAAAGACAAUUAUUCAAAUAUUAAUUUAAAAAAGAAAAUAACAAAAGUUUUUUUACUUUAUUUUUUAUUUUUAUUAAUCAUAAAAUUAUUUAAAGCAAUUUUAAGAUUAUUAUUAUUAAAAAAUAAUAGUUUAUUUCAAAUUUAAUUGAGCCUAUGAUUUUUGUGUUUGCUACAAGUGUAUUUUAUUGUGUUGUGCGUUUCUACGUUGACAUAGUUUCGAAUGAGAAACAAAAAAUGAGAAUUUAUCGAAUAAUGAUAAAUAAAUAAUGCGCAAUGAUUAUAUCCAAUUUGGAUAGUUGAAAUAAAUUUAAUAAAAUAGAUUGAGAAACAGUAUAUAAAAGUAAAAAUAAAUAAUUCAUCAAUUGAAGAUCGCCAAUGUCGUUGGUGUAACAGAAGCAACGAAAAAAAAUAAUAAAAUCAGCUGAUAAACUGUGCAGUGUAUGUAUUUUUUUUUUUUUUUUUUGUUUUUUUUUUUUUUCUUUUCAUAUUUUAAAUAUUAUUAGAUAUUUUUUUAUGUCUAGAAGAUUUAGGAAUUCAAGUAUUAACAUAUAUUCAUUCAGCUAGAGUUGAAAGAUAUAUAUUUUUUCUUUCCAAUUAUUUUGAAAUAUAAUUAUUUUUCUUUCAUUACGAUAACAUUUAUAUUUUUAGAGUUUUUGAAUUUCAUAUGUCAUUUUUAUAAGCACACGUAGGCUAACAAUUUUCACAUGUUAAUGAAUAUUAUAAUUAAUUAAAUGACAGUAUAUUUCAG